CGUUAAACGAAUUUAUUUGUUUGUCAAUUUGCAAAAUAUAGAUUGAAGUCUGUAAUUUUCCAAAAUCGCGUAUCAAAGUAUUCGAAGUAUCUCAAAGUGUUUUUGUGUUAUUGAAGUAUUUAAAAAAAAAAAAAAAAUACUAUGGCUUUAGCAAAUGUCCUUUUGUUAAGUCAAAUAACAGGUUAUGUUCUUUUGAUUAUAUUAUCCUUAUGUGUAAUCGUGCCAUUAAGUGUCAAUCAACAUUCUUUUUGCGGCCAUUGUUUAUUAUUUACUACGGGUAAAUGGCGUGAAGCAGACGGCAUGUUCGAUGCCCGUUGGUCUUCGUCGGGUUUUUGCAUUUUUCCAUUGUUUACCGGUGUAUUCAUAUUUAUCGUAUCCUGUGGUCAAAUUUAUCGAUAUGCACGCUUAAAAGAUGAGGAAUCCUUUUUGGCACUUUUCAUUGACGUAGUAUUGGGCAUAUGGAGUUUGGCUAUGUCCAUUAUAUCUUCCAUAAUGAUUACGUUAGGUUUCAUUGUCUGGUGUGACGGUAUGACCGAACGUUUUCCUACGUGCGAAAUGACAGCUGGUCAAAAUAUUAUACACGGCGAUACAGAUCACAUUGACACUUCCGGUUUUUAUAUAGAAAUGGGUACUGCACAAUUUGGUGCUUGGGGAGCUUUUGCUAUAAGUGUCGGUAUUACGGUCAUUUCCCUUUUGAAAUUGAUUAACAAUCAUCAAGUACGCAAUAUUAAAGUUUCCAUGUAUUUGGAACGUCAACGUUUGGUUAAUCAACAUCAUUUACAAAAUGAUGGCAUGACAACUCCGCCCGCAUUUUCUGAUAGUGAAAACGCCAAAUAGGCACUGUUGUUACUGGCCGAAUGAUGAUCACGCUACUGCGAACAAAUUGUAAUUACAAUUUUCAUAUUAUUUAUAUUCACUUUGUUAUUGUUUAAUCAUAUAAUUGUAAUCAUUCUAAUCCAUGGCGUUUUAAAAACAUUUUCCAUGUAAUUAUUGUUUGUUGUAGAUAUUUUAAGUGUUCGAGCUCCCUUUAAGGGAAAGCAAAAAACAUUAUAUUUUUUUAAAAAUAUUAAUUUACUUUUCUAUUUAGUAGAUUAUAUCAGAUUAUUCUCUUACGCAGUAUAUGCAUAAAAUUAUGAACACAUUAAAAUAAAAAUUCCAAUUUCUUGCUAAAUUUUCCUAUGCUAGAAAAGCUUUUAUUGAGUUUAGAAUAUUUUCGUACUAUUUAUAAUACUUAAAAAUAAAAGAUUGGUUUGAACUUGUUGAA